CAUAUAUUUAUAAAGAUUAAUAUUCAAAAUAUCAAUAGAUGUGUAUUUCUUCGAAUAUUGAACAUGUGUAAAAUAUUACGUAGCAAUUUUCUUACUUUCGCGAUAUGUCUUGAAUUGACAAACACAACAUAAAUAAUGUUUGAAGACGAUAAAUUUUUUUCUUUUUGUUAAUAACGUAUAAUCAUUUCGAAAAAUUUAUUUCUGUAUUGUUAUUUGACUAUCAAUUUAUCUUUUUAGUUAACUAUUUUGUAUCUUGAUUUUUCUUGAAAUUAAAUCAAAAACAUGUUAGCAAAUUUAUAUUAAAAUAUAAAUAUGUUGUAAAAAUCUUAUUUUGUAAUAGAAAUUAAUAUUCAAUCAUAUUGAGUUUAUGCGAAACAAAAUUCGAAAAUGCCAAGUAAGGAAAUGAAAUAUGAAAAAUAUAAAAUAUUGUGAAAUUAUAUUGGAUUGAAUGGAUUGAAAUAUGCAGUGUCAAUUUGUUUCAUGGGGGAUGCCCAGCCUACAUUCGCUCGUCAUACGACGAGCUCCACUAAUGGAUAUGGGUACUGCUACUAGUUCUGUGACAUCUGUUAAUUCUUCUAAUAAAGUUGCUACAAACCAGAAAAAAGUUGAUAAGUCUAAUAAACUUACUGGAGUCAGAUUACCUUUAUUGCGUAAAGAAGCCAGUGUUGUAAAUCUUUCUUUGACAGAGAGGACUGCAGUAGGAAAAGGAGUAGAUGCUCCUUUACUUAGACCUGAAAGUAGUGCAAGUUUAGAAGCUCGUGGUAAUAGCUGGUUGAGUCUAGGUCCUGGAGUAUUACGAAAAUGUGAAACUGCUGUGGGUUUAAGCACUUCUGCUUUAGAAGGAAGACCCAUCAAUCGCAGUCGAGUUUGUUCUCGAUGUUCCAGUUUAUUAUCAUUGGCAUCUAGUUCACGCUAUAGUUUAGCUGCAGGCAAUUUUGUUCCUGCAAGUUCUCAACAAGCGCUUGGACGUAUUUUUUGUAAAUUAUGUCUUGUUGAUACUUCUCUUUCUAAAACAUUUAAGAUAGAAGGCUGUGGUUGUUCUUAUUGUAAAGAUUGUAUGAAAGCAUAUAUUGAAUUUGAAAUUGAAGAAGGUGCAUAUGAAAUUAGUUGUCCCGAUGCACAAUGUGAACAUGGAGCAAUACUUUCCAUGAAGGAAAUAUCAAGUCUUGUUAGUUCUGAACUUGUGGAAAAACAUUAUAAAUUCAGAUUAAAUAGAGAUGUGUCUAUGGAUAAAGCACGUGCUUGGUGUCCACGUGCAGGUUGUGAAACAAUAUGUUCUAUAAAUUCUACUGGAUCAAAUGGAACUCCUAUUGGACCAGUUCAUUGUCCUAAUUGCUCUAUAGAUUUUUGUUCUAUAUGUCGAGAAUCUUGGCAUACUGGCCCUUGUUCAGACAUUUCUUUAGGUAUACCAUUUGAUGGUGAUCAUAUCAAAUGUUGUCCUAUGUGUUCUGUACCUAUUGAAAAAGAUGAAGGAUGUGCUCAAAUGAUGUGUAAAAGAUGUAAACAUGUUUUUUGUUGGUAUUGCUUAGCUUCUUUAGAUGAUGACUUUUUAUUGCGACAUUACGACAAAGGGCCUUGUAAAAAUAAAUUAGGUCACUCACGCGCAUCGGUUAUUUGGCACAGAACACAGGUUAUUGGAAUUUUUGCUGGAUUUGGGUUACUCUUACUUGUUGCAUCGCCAUUACUUUUAUUGGCUGCACCAUGUAUUGUAUGUUGUAAAUGUCGUGUAUGUGGAUCAUCUAGACUUGAACAAGAGGAAGGUGACACUGCAACAUAAAGAAAUAUAGAAAGUUUUUUAAUA